AUGGCAGCUUUUCACAAGGCACACCUACACCCAGAGCUCCGAAAUGGUCCAAGGCCUGGUGAAUACCUGGUCUUUAGUGGGGCUGGGCAGGCUGAAUGGUUAGUUCUCAUGAGAAGUGUCCGAUCAAUAUUGAUGUCCAGCCAUAAAAGGAUCUUCUCUGACGUCCUGGAGAGUCAAGAUGUUCCAGCUAUCCAAGGCGUGGGCACAUGGCUGGAACCCGAGCUUCGGGAACCUCAGUCAUGUAUUGACGAAGUGGAAUGCCUCUUGCAGCCACAAGUUGCUGAGAGCGCAUCGCACGAGAUAUACAUCGAGGCUCUUCGGGAUUUGCGGGGGAUAUUCGAGGAAUUACAUCAGAUGCGAAGCGCUGGAAAAUAUGGUAUCAGCUUGAUACCAUUUUUCGUUUGCUGGAUAUAUCGACGACCUGAUGAGUUCAUUGGCUUGCUUGAGAGGAAAGAACCGUGUUCUUCAAUUAUUCUGGCCUAUUGCCGUCUGAUUUUGAAGUUUAUGGAAUCUUCGUGGCUCAUGUUAGGUUGGGAUCGACAUGUCAUCACAGGAAUCCAAGAGUCUUUAGGAUCUCAAUAG